AAUAAUAUUGAAUAUCGUUAAUAUUAAAUUCAUAUUGAAAUUUAAAAUAUAUUUUAGAAAAAAAAUUAAUUUAAUUUAAUUUUUUUUUUGGGUUUUUCCUAUCCCAAACCAUGAAUUGUCGUUGGUUUUAAUUUAUUUAAUACUACAUCUUUAACCUUUUUUGACUAAAUAAAAUUUGUUACUAUGUAUCAUCUUUAUAAAUAUAAAAAUAUAAUUUCAAAUAUAUAUAAACUCAUAGAAGAAGAGACGAAGGCAGCCACACCACUUCAUUUUCUCAAAAUGUUGAGUUUCACCAAAAGCGAAACAAUGGCUCCUUUGGUGUAUGCUUCCACUUUGAUAAUGCUAGUGUUCUUUCUCAUCAAACUCUACUACUUUACUCGACCUUCAACCAAGAGAAACCUACCACCUUCACCACCAAAACUACCGGUGAUCGGUAACCUCCAUCAGAUCAGCCCACUCCUCCAUCGCUCCCUCCAUUCGUUAUCCCAACUCCACGGUGGUCCACUCAUGCUCAUCCACAUGGGCUGCAUCCCAACCCUGGUGGUAUCAUCAGCAAAAGCAGCCUCCGAGAUAAUGAAAACCCAAGAUCUCAUAUUUGCGAACAGACCCGACGUGAAAAUGUGGCGGAAACUGCUCUGCGACCUGAAAGAAGUCUCGGUAGCACCUUAUGGCGAGUACUGGAGGCAAGUCAAGAGCAUAAUGGUUCUCCAUUUCUUGAGCAACAAAAGGGUGGAAUCUAGUAGUGAAGUGAGGGAUGAAGAGAUCGCCUUUGCUGUUAAUAAAAUCAAGAAAUCUGGUAACCAGGUGGUGGAUUUGAGUGAUAUGUUUGUGACGCUCACGAAUGAUGUCGUGUGUAGGUUGACGUUUGGAAGGAAGUAUAGCGAGGGAGAGAGCGGGAGAAAGUUUAAGAAUAUGCUGAGGGAGUUUUUCGAGAUAUUGGGAGGUCUUAAUUUGGAGGAUUUUAUUCCCCAGCUUGCAUGGGUGGAUCGAUUGAGAGGACUGAAUGCUAAAGUCGAGAGGGUGGCGAGAGAGGUGGAUGAGUUCUUGGACGGUGUGGUGGAGCAACGGCUGAAAAAAGGGUCGGCGGCUGGUGGUGGUGGUGAAGACUUCGUUGAUAUACUACUUAGGAUUCAGAAGGAUGAUAGCAUAGGCGUUACUAUCGACAGACUUGCAAUUAAAGCACUCCUAUUGGAUGCAUAUACCGCUGGAACAGAUACAACAGCAACAGUAUUAGAAUGGACAUUUACAGAACUUCUAAAACAUCCAAAGAUUCUCAAGAAACUUCAGGAUGAAGUAAGGAUGGUUCUUAAAGGGAAGUCAAAGAUAAACCAUGAUGAUAUCGACAACAUGAAGUACUUAAAAGCCGUGUUUAAAGAAACUCUUCGGCUUCAUCCUCCAAUCCCAACCUUAAUUCCUCGGGUUGCGAGCCAAGAUGUGAAAGUCAUGGGCUACGAUGUCAUGAAAGGAACUAGGGUAAUCAUUAAUGCAUGGGCCAUUGCAAGAGACCCUAAAGUGUGGGAUGAACCGGAUGAGUUUAAACCUGAGAGAUUUUUGGAGUGUUCAAUUGAUUACAAAGGUCUUGACUUUGAUUUGAUCCCAUUUGGGGCUGGAAGGAGGGGGUGUCCUGGGAUUGCAUUUGCAAUGACUACGAAUGAGAAUGUGUUGGCCAAUCUUUUGCUCAAGUUUGACUGGGAGUUACCCAAUGGGAAGGAAGAAGAUCUAGAUAUGACUGAACGACCUGGCCUUACUAUUCGUAAGAAUACUCCUCUUUUGGCUGUAGCAACACCUUUCACUUCAUAACGUGUAUAUGUCUAGUGUCGCUAUGCAUUAAUUUCUGUUUUAGGUCGAGUAGCUACGGGUUAACUAUGUUUAUGUAUGCGGUGUAUGUUUGUAUUUUUACAUAUAUAUCUUUGCUGCAUAAGGUAAGACAACAAUGAUUGUAUCUAAUACAGUUUGAUGGUAAAAAUGAUAUCAAAUUAGUCAAAUUGCAGCGGCAUAAUGGUAUAUAUAUUUGGAUAUCUAGUCUACCAAAUUUUUAGUAAGGUGACAUUAAAACUAUGUGAACCAUUUAUGGACGCUUGGGGUGCACACCGGAUGUGGAUACUAUGGAAAACAAGAUGUGAAUUGGUGUUAGGAGCACACGAUAUUCACACUCCCAGAUUAUUGAUAGGGUUAAAUCUAUUGUAUUCAAUUGGAUUAGGUAUAGAAGAGUAGAAUGUCAUCUCAAAUGGGACAACUGGUGUGUUUGCCCUUUAAAUUGUAUGUAAUACAAACUCAAAUGUAGUCUUCCUUUUGGAUCUGCCUAGCAUCUUGCUAGGUAGUGCUUAGUCAAUAAAAUUUGCCGG